UAUAUUUAGAAAGUCAGGAACAGGAGGUUUAAUUUUGACACAAUGGUGAACCCGGAAGAGCAAAUUAGUGUUUACAGUCGCAUGCCGCUUGUAUUUAUUGUGUUAUGUUUAUAAAACCUGACUGUAAGAUUCAACCCGCCAUUAAAUCCACAGAAAAAGAAGAAGAAGAAAGUGACUGUAACGCUCUCGCGGUGAUGAUGAGACAGCUGUACUGCACUGCAGGAGCGGGGAUGGAGGAGCUACUGGCCGAGGAGCUACAGCACAAACUCUGCGCCACUCAAGUGGAGCAGAUUCCAGGUAGAGUUUUUUUCUGCAGCAAUGCUGAUCUACAAACCGUGACACAACUCAAGUCUGCAGAGAGGUUGUUUAUCCUCCUGCGCAAAGCUGAAGCCCUUUCACUCCCCAACAACCCAGCAAAGGCAGCUGCUGUUAUACAGCAGAGAGUUGUGGGAGAUCCAGAUAUUUGGAGGCAGACCUUCUUAACCUGGACAGCCCUGCAGCAAGAGCUUCAGAGCAGCCAGCAGCGUGGACAGAAGAGAAAGAGAGAGGAUGAAGAAGACAGUUUGCACACACCAUCCUUCAGAGUGAGCUGCCGAUGUAGUGGAGUCAUUGCCCGCUCUUAUACCUCUCAGAGACUGAGUCGUAUCAUUGGGAUGGCCAUCAAAGAAGAUCUUGGGUGGAAGGUGGACCUAAGAGAUCCUGUUUUCGAGGUAAAUGUGUAUUUAAGCGAUGACCACUGCAUUGUAGGCAUCCCUCUCUUGAAGCAUCCUCUGUCUAGUCGAUCUUAUAUGAAACACAAUGGGUUACGUUCUACGAUAGCCUGGGCCAUAAGCUCUCUUUGCCCCAAAAAGCUGAAUGACUGUGUGAUUUUAGAUCCAAUGUGUGGAGUUGGUGCUGUGUUGUUAGAAGCAGCUCAGGAGUAUUCAAAUGCUGUAUUUCUAGGCAUGGAUACAGACUUGUUGCAGUUGCAGAAAGCUGCAGAUAACGUCAAAGCAUCUGGAAUGGAAGGAAGAGUGCAGCUACUUCAGUCUUCUGCCAUGGACAUCCCUCUUGCAGAUGGGGCAGUUGAUGCAGUGCUGUGUGAUGUUCCUUUUGGCAGGAAGUUCAGCUGCAGCUCUGACAUGCGAACUGCACUGCCACGCUUACUGAGAGAGAUGGAGAGGGUACUUCGUGUUGGUGGACAUCUUGUUCUGUUACUGAGUUUGCAGCUUUCUGCACAGCUUAGGAAGAUAAUUUGCACACACGAACACAAACAAAAUGUAAAUUCCUUAGACACAAAUAAUCUUCACACUGAUGCCUCAAAUACACACAAUGAAAGCACAGAAACACCAAAACCCUUAAUGUUUCACAAAUCAAGCUCUGAAAUGUCAAAUUCACCAUUAUUAAUUAGCUUAUUACAAGCACAGAGGACACAUAAGGUUAGUCUGGGCAGCACAGACGCAUUUAUACACACCUACACCAAAAUAAAAACUCAAACACUCUCACACUGAAAUAAGAUAACCCUGAUACGCUUUUGUGGACAAUCAGAGAAUUAACAACAAAUGAGCAAGGUGCUAAUAAAAUCUAUUUAAAAGAUC